UCUCUUAUUAUUGCUGACAAAAUGGCUUCUAUAGAAAGAGUGAUUUGGUAGGCUAGGGGAAAUGAUAAGCAUAUUUAAAACUUAAACAUCAUACAUGAAUGAUUUAUUGACACUCAGAUAUAAACAGUCAUUUCCUGAUAUAGUUGAUGAUAUACAGAGAGACACCAAGACUCUUGUUUACUUCUCUGUGUUGAAAUAUUGGGAAGAGACUAUGACCACAGGGUGAAUUCUAAACCAAGCAACUUGAGGAGCUAGAAUGUAUUCUCAGAAGAAUGGAAAUGUAUUUGUUUUAUUGGUUUUUAUACCUAUGUCCAUUAAAGCACUAGUCGGGACAUGUCUUCUGGGAGUGGACAUGCACUAUGGUGGAACAAAGGCCAAGUGUUCUCGAAUUGGAAUUUCAAGAGUUCCUGGCAAUCUUCCGGAUAAUACUACAACGUUAGAAAUUGCUUUUAACAAUAUUGAAAUUCUACACGAUAAUGAAUUUCAAUACCUAACUCAUCUAAAAUGUCUUGAUAUCAGCUUUAACCCCAUCCACAAGCUUCAAGGGUUGGCGUUCAAUGGACUUCAUAACUUACUGGUGUUAGAAUUCAACGCACACGCGUUAAAUUAUACAAAGAAUUCUAUGCCUUUAGAUGUCUUUACGCCGCUUCAAUCGCUGACAAAUUUAAGUUUAAGAUCAGAUGUUUCACGCUUUACGGGUCGACCGUUUGAUUUACCACAUAAUGCUCUUGCACGUCUCAAAAAAUUGAGGCAAUUAAACAUAGAUACUGGCCCAAACACUGUUUUUAAAUCUGGAUUUUCCAAUUUGACAGAACUUCGAGAACUUUUCAUUGGUGUAACAUGGAAACACGGGAAACGGAUUGAGUGUGGACUGUCGAAUAUAACCCGUCAAACAUUUGAUUCGUUUUCUAAAAUACCUGUUAGUCUUCUUCAGUUAAAUAGUUGUAGGCUUCAUAACUUUGAUGAAAAUUAUCUUGAAGCUUUUCCGCGUCUCAAAGUAUUUUUAUUCAACAAAGUACAUCUAAUAAAUGGAAACCUAUCGAUGGUCCUUAAUACACUUCGUGUAUUUAAACACAAAUACAUGACAGAGAUUGGCAUUAACUCGGUAGUGACAUCUUUACCUUAUAUGGGAUUUGAUCGUCGCGUUAACCGGAACCCGUUGUCUGAGAUUUGUGUAACUCAGUUGGACUUAAGUUCCAACUUGAUUAGCUUAAUUGAUUUCGAUGGUUUCUGCACCACGCCUGAUUCGCCUCUUAUGAAAUGUCUGAAGCGCAUUACCUUGGCCGGAAACCGUCUAGUGGGUAAAGUAAGCUUGAACCAGUUACCCCUCUGUCUUCUUGCUAUUUUUAACAUCGAAGAAGUAGAUCUUUCAGAUCAGAAGAUAUUCUCAUUCGCUAAAUAUAUUUCACUAGUGCCUCACACAUCUCGUGGUGAUAGUGAACGGAAAUUGCCGGACCCGUUCAUAAUAUUUGCUCCGCCAAAGUUGAGUUAUCUCAAUGUGGCUGCAUUGCCACAUGGAAUCGGAGAAUUGGAUGUAGAUAUCCAUUUUAUCCUCGCCAAAAAAUUAAAAUAUUUUAAUGUAUCGUACUGCGGGUUAUACAAUUUAAAACGGAAAGUAUUCGGACUCGAAAAUUUAGAAGUGUUAGAUUUAAGUGGAAACAGCUUAAGCAUUAUAAAUGAUACAUUUCUAGAUACAUUUCCGAAUCUUAAGAAAUUGCGUUUAAGCAACAUUCUGUUAGAUAAUGAGUUUAUUACUCAAAGUGGUAUAAGAUUUUUCAGUCCUUUGGAAAAGUUGGAAACUUUGGAUCUAUCCAGUAAUGAUCUAGUGGUUUUACCUAAUGAUUUAUUUAAUUCUCUGGUUGCAUUACAAGUUAUAAAUUUAGCUGACAAUAAACUUAUAUCCAUACCCGAUUUGAAUAACCUGGUUAAGCUCAACUCUCUCUAUCUGAACCACAAUUCGUUCACUACCUUGAGACCACAACACACAGAUAUGUUAGAUAAAACAGCAGAAAAUAAUCCGAAAUUUUAUUUGUCGAUUUCGGGAAAUACAUUUACUUGUGCAUGUGAGACAUUUUUGUUUUUACUGUGGUUGGACAAAACGAUGGUUAAAUUAGAUGGAAGGAAUUAUUCUUGUAUAGAAUCGACAGGAAAGAUGACCUUUACGAAAAAUGUAUCUAGCACAUUGUGGUCAUUUCACAGACAGUGCAUGUCAUCAUUCUUGUUGAAUUUAACCAUUGGCGGAUCAAGUGCCAUGCUCGUAACUCUAAUGGCAGCCUUUGUCUUCAUCAAAAAUAAGAUGAAGCUGAAGUUGAUGCUCCUAAGGCUAAUUGGACAGAAUAUUUAUCCGAAGAAAAGAGAAGAGUUUAUUUAUGACGCUUUUAUAAUUUACACGGAUUCUAUGUCCAGUUGGGUUUGCAAUGAACUGAGAAAUGAACUUGAAACAGAUCGAGGAAUAAAACUGAACCUACGUGACCGAGAUCAUAUACCUGGCGGUUCCCAAGCAGAGGACAUGUUGGAAGCAAUGAGAGACAGUUGGAAGAUAGUUUUAAUAUUAACGGUAGACUUUUUAAAGAGUGAUUUGGCUUAUUUCACAAUGUGUAAUUGUCUUUCAUUCAUUACACUUACAACUCCCCAUCGAUUAAUCGUCAUAAUCGAUGAUCAGUUGAAUAUACCAACUAAUAUUGAUUUUCUUUUGGAAGCUGUUACUGAAAAUAACAUUGUAUGUGUUGACUUGCAGCAACCAUUUAUUUGGGAAUUUUGGGAAAAGUUAUCUGUGGUCAUAAAACAAAAAGAAAUCACUGUGUAAAUAUGUGUACAUAUAUUCCAAAAAACAAAUCACUGCAAAUGCUCAAAACUGUACUUAAAGAUACAUUAGUUAAGAGUUUAAUAAAGAGUUUUCAUUCUUGCUAUAAUAAUUCAAAAAUAGAUGAUGAAAAAAGAAAAUAUUGAAAAUUUCAUUCAAAUUACUUCAUUCUCAGCCAAGUUAUCAUUGUUUGUAGCUUUAACAAGAUGUGUUCACAGUCAUGGUAACCAGGGCACUGGUACAAUCGGGACUUAGCCUCGCUUUCCCAUUUUUAAAUUAAAUUUUUAAAUGGCGAACCGUUUUAAUCUAGUUAAAAUCCGAUGCCGUCGAGAGUCGAUUAUGGUCUUGUUUUUUUAAUAAAUGUCUAAUUAAUAGUUUAUAUAACAUUUCAGGCCUAAAGAAAGACCUGCAAUAGGCAGAUUUAGUUCUUGCAUAAUGUAUGUUUAAACAAUAAAAUCACUAAAUAAAGUA